GGUUGUUAAAAAAAAAAAAGGCUGCCUUGGACCUAAAACAAUUUCUGCAGCAGUUGCCUUGUUGUGUGCCUUCAAGUCAUUUCCAACUUAUGGUGACCCUAAGGCGACCCUGUUUUUUUCUGAUGUGCAGUUGACCAACACCGAUGGACUCUUCUGCUGUAAGUCAAUGGGCAGGACCACCAUCUGGCAAACUGGACCCUUACAGAGGCUCCCAAAAACCCAGGAGAGGAACUUCCCACCUUCUUGUGGGCUUGGUAACAGUUUCCAAAAGAUGGAUGUGGCAGAUCUUCUUGGCUAUCAUUCCUCUGGUUGCCAACACUGCUGCAUAUAACGAAAGCCAUUUGGCUGCAUCUUACCAAACUUUACCUGGCGCAAGACCAAGAUCCCCAGCGCCCUUGUCAUUCCAGAACUCUACAAAUAAGUGGAACAUGACCGAUCCAGACUUGAGUAAUGGAUUUACCAAAGGCCACCCGCCUUGGCAUCCUACGGGGAGAUAUCUGUACAGUGGAAAUGCUGGCUACCAUAGCACUGAUCUUCCCAAACAGGAUGGCUUUCUCAGUAACCAGUACAGGAAGACUGAAGUGUCCUACCCAACUCCUGCAACUCCUCCUGAGACCCUGAGUGCUAGUCCUCAAGGUUCUGCAUCUCCUGGUGGAACAACUCCUGGGACGACUGAUGCGGGGAUUAAGGGUCUCUACUCAAGUAGUGGAGCCCACAGCUCUCUAACGUUUGUCUUACAGCAUUCUACCAAUACUUUAUCUGACUUGCCCCCUACACAGCCUUCUGAUUCAAGCUCAGGGAAGACUCACUCAGAGCAGAUGACUCCACAUACUGGCCAGGAAACUGGUAUCACUGAACCUGCCACUAAAGUGUCUCCUACAAGUGCAGCUCCUGUAACUCUGCUCCCUUUCUCUAUUAGGUUCUUAAGUAGUCACUCAGCCAAGGGCUCAUCUCACCUUAGUCUGCCAGAUUUCAUUGGCUCCACAACUAGCAUAAAGUUUCCCAUUCACUACCAAGCUGAACCUCUGGGUACCAGCUUGUUCCAAUCUACCCCUGCUCCCACAGCUGCAGAGAUUCGUACUAUAUCUGCUCUAUCAACAGAGUCUCCCAGCAAUGUGGGUAAUAGUAUUAACCAGCUGGCCACAGAGAUUCCUAUACACAUUCCUUACUCCUCUGAAGCUGGGAUGCCAGAACUCAGCCUUUCUCUUGCCACUACCCAACUGGAUCCUAAUACAGUAGUUGUUGGCAUGCCUGCAGAAGCUAACUUUAGUUCCCAGCUAAAAGAUGACCUCAGGAGUCCAGCUUUGACAGCUCUUCCUCCGAGUCUGAGAACUACAAAAGCAUAUGAAGUCUCCUCCUUAGCAACUGAGGACGCACUAAGCACUUCUCUGGCUGAAAGAACCAAGUUAGAAUGGAAGGGCAUCACUUCUCACAGAGGAGAGGAAAGUACUAAACUCUAUGUUGGUCCUACACAUGAUGCCAUCUCAAAGGGCACAAGUAGUAGCAUCCGUUUUGGCCCAGACGUCUUAUAUUGGCAGCCUUCAACUGCUUCUCCACUUGGCACACUGCAUUCUGGGGACACUGGAACUGGGUAUGAUAUUCCCCUUCUACAAGAUGGUCCAUUGGAAGCUGUGACUAACACUCCUAGUGGGUGGGAAUUGGUGAAGAUGGGACAGAGCACUAAAACUGCGGUGGUGUCACCUAUCCUCUCUUUGGAGCUCAUACUUACAACUACAGAGACCAUGCCAACUCUAAGGUUGGCCUCCAGCUUAAUUUCUGUACAGCCCAAAGCUGAUCUGGCAGGUCAGCACAACACCUUGCCUCAAAGGUGGAGUAAACUACCUCCUCCAAGUUCCACCUCUCUUGCCACAUCUAGGGUUGUGCUGACAUCUGAGGAACCUUCUGGGUUGGAGGCCUCAGCGGAGUCAUCGGUCACAAAGAAGUAUAGCAAUGAUGUUGCACCCAAGCCCUCGGAAGGAACAGGUAGUACACUUCAAUCUCUCCCCUACUUAGAUACAAUAAGGUUUACAUUGCCAACUGAACCCACUUCUUCUGGGAUGGCACAUCUGCACACAGGAGGCCCCACAGAGCACUUCGGGGUAACAUCCCCUGAAUGGAAAGAUGGCAUUCCCAUGCCUUUGCAUACCACAGCUUCCCUGACAGAUAUGACAAAACUGGAGAGAUCUUCUGUACUUACAACCCAUAGAUCUGUAUCAACAAGCUUUUCAUCACUUGACUCCUCUAGGACCAGUGUUCCUGAGCUGACUUUGGAAAUGCACUUUGGGGCUACUGAAAAAGCUCAGAAAGACCAGGAAGUGUCAGAGAUCACAGUGCUGUCCAGCCUUUCAAGUGCAGAGGUUUGGCAGCCUGGCUCCAAAGCAGUUACACCUUCUCCAAUAUCACCUAGCACUCUGUACAGAACAUUACCACCACUUCCACUUACAAAGGACCUUGAGGUUGACCCAAAUACAUCUGCUGUAAUUACUACAUUAGAGACUGAGCUAAGAUACAAGUCUGUUGAUGCUUCUACUGCAGUUGCCCCACUAGAUGACAACACAACAGCUUUGCAUAUUCCUAGACAAGGCUAUAUAGAUUCUUCUGGCUCAAACCCUCCUGUCUCUAUGCCUGUCUCAGAGUCCUCUUCUGCCCAAAAUGUCCUCAUGUCCUCUGCCACAGCAGCUCUGCUGACCACCCCCAGAUUUCUUCCUGAUAAAUCAAAGUCAACUUGCAACAACAUCUAUUGCAGGAUGAGAACCACCACAUCAUCCUUCACUCCAUCUCUAUCUCCACCUCAUCUUUACACAACUUCCCAACCUCUCUUGACUAGGAAGGUUUUGGUGUCAACCUUAGGGACAGGAGAUGUUAUGAAGAACAGGUCCACUGUUGGAGUUGAUGCCAAAGCAACCAGCUCAAAGGAGAACAAAGCAAAGACAGUAACUGGUGCUAAGAGGGGGACUGUGAUCCCAGGUACUCACUCUUCAAGGCAACCAGUUUCACCCAAGGUUCCAGUACUGAGUGAGUCAGCUACAAAAGCAAAUCUGACCACCUUAACUACUCCUACAUUACUCGUUCCAGCAGUACAUGCUCUGCCUCUGUGGUUUCGCCUCACUGGAAUUAAUUAUACCAAAGCCUUGGGGAACAAAUCCUCUGAAAGCUUUAAGAAGCUGGAGAAAGAAGUAAAGUUAACAGUAAAUAAGAUGUUAUCUACUUAUGAGAGCUUCCUUCAAACAAACAUUCUCCAUUUCUUGAAUGGCUCUGUGAUUGUUGAGAGUGAGGCUAUAUUCCAGACAAAGGUCCCUGUUCCCACACCUUCUGAUGUCAUCCGUACGAUUGUCACGGAGGUAAAGAGACGGGCCAUGGACACCUUCUUUGAUUGGAGGCUGGAUGUCCAGUCUCUUCAUUCAAAUGGAUUCACCUUGAACAACCUAGAACCUGAGAAGCUGGACAUAUCCUUCAAUUCUCUGGGAUUAGCUUCCAGAGGAGCCUUGGAUGGUAUGAUGAACUGGGACCAUCUGGAAAGUCUGGGAAACAAGGUGACUCAAUUGCUUGGAGCUUGUUAUGCUGUGCGGAACAUCUCGCUUGUUGAAAGUGGAAACAUCCAAGGUGGCAUAAACAUAAAUGGAGAAGUCUACAUUGAUACCGACACUCAUGUUGACAUUGGCUGGGCUCUAGAAGCACUUAUGGCACUUUCAAAUUACUCAGUAGACCUCACAUCUCUCUCCAUCAAUGGGUCAAGGCUCAGCCUUCAAGUAUUCCCAGUUUCUUUCUUGGUGACCAACAGAAUAUUCAAUGAGAAAAUGAUGGACCGUUCUUCGGCAGAACAUCAGAAUCUCGCAAGGGAUCUCUCUAAUGUGCUAAUGCAUGUACUGGGCAAGUACAAAAACCUCCUGCAAGUGGCAAUCCGAGGGAUCACAGGUGGCUCCUUGAUGUGUCAUGGAGAUGUGAUAUUCCAGCAUCCAGCCCCAACCAGCAAGGAUGUUCUCCAAACCCUCGCCCUUGCAGUUGGUCCAAGGGAUUACCUGGAUUCAUCAACCCUUCAGGUGGACCCAUUCUCCUUUACUGUAGCAGGUGAUGGGCUGGAGCCUCCCUUUUCAAAUCUGGGCAUUCCAAGCUAUGCUGUAGCCAUCAUUGCUCUGUUGGUCCUUGCAUUAAUUGCUCUUCCCAUCUUGGUUUUGCUGCCCAAGAUGCUCGGCCGGAAAGACAAGCUUAUAAUUACUGGACCAUGCAAUCUUGAAGCAGGUACUGAGAUGUUUGAACUGAAUAACCCAGCUUUCCACCCCAUUGUUGAAGAGGUACAUUUGGACUGUCUGAACACAAACAUGAUGAGGGCAGACACUUGGACUUUCCGACAACAGCAGUUGGUUAGAUCGACAAAGGCUUUCAGUGAUGAUGGAAUGAUGUCUCAUUCCAUCUGAGUUUGGUCCCUCACCUGCAGAUAGGACCAGAAAGGCAUGCACGCCUGAACCUUUGAGUUGCUGAGGAUGCAAGAAAGAGUUUGGUGGUGAUUUCUGAAAAUGGAAAGGCAACCAGUUUUGCAGAAAACUCGGAUGAUGUUUUGCAACACUUGUCUGCAUCCUGAAUUUCAUAGAAGGAGGAAGGAGUACCUUGAUUUUACAGCAGUGGUAGACAGCAUCCCCAGACCGUAUCACCAAAAGCAUAAUGGUCUCUUUUUAUUAAUAGGUUGGAUCUUUUAAAUAUGUUGUUCAAACAUGUCUAGAGUAUAGAAAUUGUUUGUAUUUUGUCCUGACUGGAUCGUGCUGGGAUUUAAAAGCACAAGGUUGGCAUGGGAGGAGGGAGGACCUACCUUUAGUUGGGGUUCCAUUUGGUUGUAUGGAGGGGAGAACAUUUUAAGAGUGUGGAAGUGUAAAUAACAAUAUCAGCAUUUUGGGGGACAACCUAUGACUGUGGAAGCCAUGGUCUUCUAAGAGCCUGACAAACCUGUUCAGAUGUAUGGCACUGCACACUGCAACUGCAGUUGCAAUUCCACACUCUAGUGUACAUCAUUGUCCUGCCAUUGUUGGGUUGGAUCUUGACGGUGUUUUCUAUCUAGGGAUAGCUGGUCAGAGGCCUUUUGGCUAGGGUUGAAGCCAGUAAUGACCUUCUUGUGAGAGGAAUGGCUCCAAAGACAUCAUGAUUGCCCUUGAAGUUGUCAAGUAGGAACUUGGGAUGCUUUGGAUAGUAAGUAAAAAUGUAUUAAGGAAGAUGGCAAACCUGAAUGGUUAGGAACCAAAUUAACACCCAAGUGGGAUUUUUAGUCUAAGGGUGGGAAUGACAGAUCCUAUCCCUUGCCAACACAGCCAAUGGUAAGGGAUGGUGAGAACUGGAGUUCCAAAGGCCAAUUUUGUCCCAUCCUUUGUCAUGUUGAGAGAGGCCUGUUACAGACUAUCAAAAUAAAGCUGCUUUGGGUCUCUUUGGAGGUAUGCUAUUUAAAUGAU